CCUUCCUUCCUUCCAGCCCUCCUGCCUUCUCCCCAAGGGCCGGGGUCUCCGCCUUGGGGGCCAUGGACCCUCCGCGGCCCUUCAACGACUCGCUCUGCCGGAGCCCCGACCCCGCAUCCCCCGCCUCCGCUUGGAAUGGGACCGGGGCAGCAGCAUCCCCCUCCCCAGCAGGAGCAUCAGCAGGAGGAGCAGGGCUGGGGGGCUGCGACCCCUCCCGGAGGGGCCUCCGAGGACUACGAGACCUGGACGUGUCGGUGCGGGUCCUGCUGUACGCGGCCAUCUUCCUGCUGAGCCUGGUGGGCAACGCGUUGAUCGUGGUGGUGCUGGUGCUCAACCGCCGCAUGCGCACCGUCACCAACUCCUUCCUGCUCUCGCUGGCCCUCAGCGACCUCAUGGUGGCCCUCUUCUGCAUGCCCUUCACCUUCAUCCCCAACAUCAUGCAAAACUUCAUCUUUGGGAAGGUCAUCUGCAAGGCCGUGGCCUACCUCAUGGGGAUGUCGGUGAGCGUCUCCACCUUCAGCCUGGUGGCCAUCGCCAUUGAGCGCUACAAUGCCAUCUGCAACCCGCUACAGUCCCGCGUCUGGCAGACCCGCUCCCAUGCCUACCGGGUCAUCGCGGCUACCUGGCUGCUCUCCGCCCUCCUGAUGCUGCCCUACCCGGUCUACAGCUCCAUCUCCUCCCCGCCCGGGCACCCCUACAUCUUCCAGUGCAGCCCACACUGGCCCGGCAUGCACGUCCGGCAGGCAUGGUACGUCCUGCUGCUGGUGACCCUCUUCUUGGUCCCGGGUCUGGUGAUGACGGUGGCCUACGGGCUCAUCUCCCGCGAACUCUACCGGGGCAUCCAGUUCGAGAUGGACCUCACCCGCAAGGCCACAGCCCACCAGAACGGAGGAACAGAGCCCCAUGUGGUGGUGGAAGUGGAGGAAGGGGACGGCUGCUAUGUCCAGGGGCCACUCCCGGGACCGGCGGGGCCCCCUCCGGUGGAGCUCUCGGUGCUGACCCCUGCCAUGCCGGACCGUGCACGGGUCAACAGCUCGGAGGCCAAGCUGCUGGCCAAGAAGCGCGUGAUCCGGAUGCUGGUGGUGAUUGUGGCGGUCUUCUUUGCCUGCUGGCUGCCGAUCUACGGGGCCAACACCUGGCGGGCCUUCGACGCGGAGUCGGCCCACCGGGCACUGGCCGGGACCCCCAUCUCCUUCAUCCACCUGCUCUCCUACGCCUCCGCCGGCAUCAACCCUUUUGUCUACUGCUUCAUGAACAAGCGCUUCCGCAAGGCCUUUGCCGCCACCUUUACCCGCUGCUGCUGCUGCUGCGGACCCCGGGGGCCCUGCCCCAUCGCGACCGGGGCCCUGCGGCGGAGGAGGCAGCGCAGUGGUCCCGGCGAGGAGGAGCUGACCACCGCCACCGGGCCCUCCCUCUCCAAAAUCAGCUACACCACCGUCAGCAGUGCCGGGCCCCUCUGAGGACGAGGAGGACCCCCAAAGCGCCCUCAGGAAGACCCCCCCCCCCAUUUCCCCCAGGACUGUUCCCCCCUUGAGAGCAUGUAGGGUCCCCCUUGCUUCUUGGAUUGGGGGGUGCAUGAAGGGGGUGUUUCCCCCUCCCCAUGUGGUUAGUCCCUCCCAAACAGCCUCCCCGUUUCUAGAUCAUUCCCUCAAAGGAAUGAUUGCCCUCACGCCACUCUAAGCCCCAUAGAGGCCUACAAGUCCCUCCAGGCCAGGUAGGCAGGAAUCAUAGUAUCAUUGAAUCAUAGAAUCAAAGAGUUGGAAGAGACCUCAUGGGGCAUCCAGUCCAACCCUAUUCUGCCAAGAAGACACCAUCCGAUCCCUCCCAACAGAUGGACGGACAUCCAGUCUGUGUUGGAAUACCUCCAGCAAGGAAGUCCACUCGUUCUCCAUGACUCUAAUCUCCCUCAUUGGCUCUUGUUGAGUGCCUUCAAGGCCCUUCUGGCUUAUGAUGGGGUCGUUCAGAGGGGUCUCCAUGGCCUCCCCCUUGAGGCUGAGAGAGCGUGACUGGCUCAGGGUCACCUCUUGGGCCCCCAACAUGUGUUUUGUCCCCUGGAAUGCCACUCUAGCACUCCGACCUCCCUAAGCAACUGGUCUUGGGAUUUGCAGCUCGCUAAGGCAACUAUAAGCAUUCUGAGCACAGCUGCAGCAUGUUUUCUUUCCGGGAGGGUGGAGUGUCCCUUGAGCAGUCAUGGGCCAACUUGGUCCCUCCCUCCAGGUGUUUUGGACUCCAGCUCCCACAAUUCCUAACAUGUUGGCCCAUGCCUUUGUCCACUUGCAACUGGACACUUGAGUCAAUCAUGGGAUCAUCUACAUACCCACGUCAUCAUCCCCUUCAGUUUGGUGCACUCCACAAUUGACUCAAGUGUCCAGUUUCAAGAGGACAAAGGCAUGGGCCAACUUGGUCCCUCCCUCCGGGUGUUUUGGACUCCAACUCCCACAAUUUCUAACAAGUUGGCCCAUGCCUUUGUCCUCUUGGACCUGGACACUUGCAUCAAUCAUGGGAUCAUCUACAUACUCACGUCAUCAUCCCCUUCAGUUUGGUGCACUCCACAAUUGACUCAAGUGUCCAGUUUCAAGAGGACAAAGGCAUGGGCCAACUUGGGCCCUCCCACCAGGUGUUUUGGACUCCAACUCCCACAAUUCCUAAUAAGAUGGCCCAUGCCUUUGUCCUCUUGGAAAUGGACACUUGCAUCAAUAUGGGAUCAUCUGCAUACCCACGUCAUCAUCCCCUUCAGUUUGGCGCCCUCCACAAUUGACUCAAGUGUCCAGUUGCAAGAGGACAAAGGCAUGGGCCAACUUGGGCCCUCCCUCCAGGUGUUUUGGACUCCAACUCCCACAAUUCCUAACAAGUUGGCCCAUGCCUUUGUCCUCUUGGAACUGGACACUUGCAUCAAUAUGGGAUCAUCUGCAUACCCACGUCAUCAUCCCCUUCAGUUUGGUGCACUCCACAAUUGACUCAAGUGUCCAGUUUCAAGAGGACAAAGGCAUGGACCAACUUGGGCCCUCCCUCCAGGUGUUUUGGACUCCAACUCCCACAAUUCCU